AUGCCUCCGAUGGCCAUGCCUCCGAUCCCUCCGUUCAUUUUCCCGCCAAGCCCCACACCAGCCGUAGCCUUCCCUCCGAUAUACUUCCCGCCGGCCCCUGCACCAGCGGAGGGGCCGUCCGUCACCAUCCCGGACGUGCCGGGGACCAGCGGCUACAACAUAACGGAGUUCAUCGUCAUAGUUGGCUUCGGCACGCCGCCUCAGCCAUCUGCUCUGCUGUUCGACACCGGCAGCGACCUGUCGUGGGUCCAGUGCCAGCCGUGCGCCGCCGGACACUGUUACCAACAACGCGACCCGCUUUUCGACCCGACCAAAUCCUCCACCUACGAAGUCGUGCGAUGCGGUACGCCAAAGUGCUCGGUGGCCGGUGGCAUGUGCAACGGCACCACCUGCCUGUACCGCGUCGGCUAUGGCGACGGCUCGUCCACGUCUGGUGCGCUCUCACAGGAGACGCUGACGUUCUCCUCAUCGCGUACCUUCUCCAGCUUCCCGUUCGGAUGCGGCACCACCAACCUGGGCGACUUUGGCAGCGUCGACGGGCUGCUUGGCCUUGGCCGUGGCCAGCUUUCGCUGGCCUCGCAAACGGCGUCCUCCUACGACGGCACCUUCUCCUACUGCCUGCCGUCUCACAACAUGUCGAGGCCCGGGUUCCUCAGCAUCGGCGCCGCCCCGGACACCGGCAAGGUCCAGUACACGGCGAUGAUCAAGAAGCCGGAGUACCCGUCCUUCUACUUCGUGGAGCUCGCGUCCAUCAACAUCGGUGGCUACGUCCUGCCGGUGCCGCCAUCCGUGUUCACCAGCAAGGGCACCCUGCUCGACUCCGGCACCACCCUCACGUACAUCCCCUCGAAGGCCUACGCCUUGCUCCGCGACCGCUUCAAGUUCACCAUGAAGGGGAAUAAGCCGGCGCCGCCCUUCGAAGAACUCGACACCUGCUACGACUUCUCCGGCCAGAGCGCCAUCGUCAUACCGGGGGUGUCGUUUAACUUCAGCGACGGAGCCGUGUUCGACCUCGACUUCUACGGGAUCAUGAUGUUCCCUGAUGAGGUAGCGCAGCCGGCCUACGGGUGCCUCGCGUUCGCGGCGGGCGAUGAUGAUUCCUUCUCCAUCAUCGGCAACACGCAGCAGCGUUCAGCCGAGGUGAUCUACGACGUUGCAGCUGAGAAGAUUGGUUUUGUUCCCUUCAGUUGCUGA